GAACUAAGGCCCUUGCUAAACGAGGAAGCAUGGAUGUUUCCAGAAACAUUUUACCGCGAGCAUUGUUUCCCAGUUUAGCCAUGUGUAAAACAUUGAUGCAUGCUACAAAUUUUGCUUCCAAAACGCAAAAAAUGUUUUUGCUGUGCGGCAGAAACAUUUCAUGUUUCCAAGACGCAUGAAAAAACAUUGUUUCCCGAUGUUUCCUGACAGUUUUGCCACCUUAGGAAACAUAGAGAAACAUGUUUCUGGACCUAACACUAACUUACGUAUCGUUAGUCUGGGCACUGUAUGAACCUGUGUGAUUGUCCAUCAGUAGAAUUGUAUAUUUAGCUACGAAUCCUUCAAAACGUAAUUGCUCUAAACUGUCUUAAAUACGAGGAUUGUCAAAAACGAAUGUUUCAAAUGAAAUAACACAGCACUAUAUUCCAGCCUACAAGAAUGCAAGUGUUCCAACAAGCAUUAACUCAAGUCCAUCCAAGUAGUUUUAAUCCAGAAGCCUGUCAACAUAUACGGCAAAUCAGAUUAAGCAGUGAUGUAUCUAGCAUAUUGAGGACAAUCAAAGAGAAUGGCAGCAAUGUUUUUAUUAUCCUUGGUGAACCCGGCACUGGUUGUUCAACCCUGGUCCAAGGGCUGUGCCAGUGUCUUUGUAACACAAAAACCAUUAAAGAAUCUGACAUAUUGUAUCUAUCUUUAAACCAAGGUUGUAGUAAUGCAUCACUAUGGGAUUUUAUGGGUAAAUUAGCAAAAGAGAGAAAUGAUCAAGAAUCUGCCGCUAAAUUUACCCAAACAUCUUUGAAAAUUGACAUAAAGAUCAAAGCAUUAUCUGAAUUUCUUGAACAACACUGGAAAGUCAUCUGUGUUGAUAAUGCAGAUUAUAGUGAAAGUUGGAUACUGGAUUCAUUUCUUGGUGAUGUUUUAAAAACAUGUAAAGCAACAAGUUUUCUCGUGCUGCAGACACAAACACAUGGCCUGCAUAUAAAAUAUCCUACAACUGACAUUGUUUCCAGUACUAUUUCAGUGAAUGGGCUAACGGAAUCUUCUUCUAAAGCCUUGGCUUCAACACUGUUACAUCCACAUGUUCUAAAGGAUGAGGACAUCACCAGCCUUUGUAAUUUUGUAAAAUACAAUCCAUUUGGAAUUAAACUUCUUUGUGGACUUUUGAAAGGCCAAAAUGAAGAUGUGGUUACAUCUGAAAUAUUACRAAAUCAGCACUCAACAGAGCUUCUCAAUGUUCAGGGUUGUGCUUUGGACAGAUUUUUUGAGUUGGCUGGCAAAGCUUUAAAGGUAUCAAGUAUUGAUAUGUUAUAUAAGCUUAGUAGUCUACGCCGACCACUGCCUAUGCUAGAAGAGAAUUCUGAGGUUAAAGAACUAGCAUUAGCAAAGCUUCUUUGCAUGAAGAAAGAAGGCAAUGUACAAUGCAUUUAUCUUCAUCCAACCUUGAAGAAGUACUUGUCAAGCAAAAAGAAUUCACGCAGCUAUAAAGAGACAGACUUUGAUGUUCUUCAACAUUGGCUUUCUCUUGUUUCCAACAAAGAUCUUCAAAAACUGAUAUGUGAAGCUGAAAACAAUGAUUGGCCCUUUGUCCCUGAAAAGUGGCAGUUUGUCCAAGAUGUUAGCAAAGAACAGGGUACUAAUGUGAAGGAAUCCAUUGUUUCUAUUAACACCAACAUCCCCACUAUAACUGAACUCCAAAUUCUACAAGAAUGUUUGUAUCACUCUUAUAUACAGGACAAUUUCCAGAAAUUGGCAGCUGUUUUAUUUGUUCUCGAUCGGUUUCUUUUCUGGCAAGGAGAUACCAAAACAUCAAUGGAUAUAGUCACUCACAUUCAAAAGAAAAGUCCUCAGACUGCAAUUGCCCCACAACUAUUGGUCAGAAAAGCCCGAGUUCUGAAAAAUGAAGGGAAUCUUAGAGUUGCAGAAGAAAUACUCGACGAAAUACUCGACGAAGUAACCAGAGAAAGUCAUGGGGUUGGUCGAUGGAGGUACAAAACGCGAGAUCAAUUCCAACUAACCAAAGCCGCGUGUAUUCAGUUGAAGGGAGAAAUACAGUAUAGCCUUGGAAACUGGCUCAAGUCUGCAGAGCUUCUUCUUCAAUCCAUUGAAUUAUUUGCAACUCUUUCAAGGCCAGAUAAAAAGGGACUCUCCCUUGGGUAUGGAUUGUUAUGUCCAUGCCUGCGUAACAUGACUGUGCAAGAUUAUUCUUCCUUGGCGAAUUCCUUUGGUCUUGUCAAAUGCCAUCCCUUACUUGCUGCGUACAUCAGUGCCCAAGAAGCUGCCAGGUCGUCUACAUACACCCCGAUGUUCUUUGUCAGGCAUAUUUGUCAUGCGGGGGAAGUAAUGAUGCAGUUCAUCAAACUUUCAACCCUGGAGGACGAAAGACRGCAGCUGUUGAAAGUUGCCACUGAAGAUAUAAGAGACAGUAUCCAAUCCCAUCAAACCUACGAGGCACUCACAAGCAGGGAACAGUUCUACAUUUUUGUUUUAGCAUCAUACAAACUAAGUUUGGCCUUGCUAGAUUUACAGACAACAGCUGAACAAGAAACAGGCCAUAGACUGAAUGCCAUCUCCGUGGAGCUGUUUGAGCAUUACUGUUCCUCUAGUGGUCAUGUGAUCAUUAAUGACCAUGUUAUUGGAUUAAUAGACAAGUGCCUGACUUUGCUUGGUUUAGAGAAAUUUCAUAAAGAAAAUCUUCCCAAUGCAGGCGAAAUGCUUCUAAAGUACUAUACCAGGCGUUCAGCUGAACGUCUGAAAGAAAACACGCGCCUCACCGUUAUGGGAUUAUUUACAAAGGGACACGUUCCUCUUUCGCCAGCAUCACCGACGAUUUAUGAUUAUCCAGAAAGUAGUGUAGAAAUUCGACAUCGUUUACUAGGUACGAAUGUUGACGACACCRCACAACACAGAACAGACAAGACAGUGGAUCGUUAUGCUGCAACAUUAGAAGGAGAUGUAGAGGAAGCCAUUUCAGGGGUUAAGCAGGACAAAUCAAGCUAUGGUAAGACUGUCGACCGAUAUUCAGCUACAGUAGAGGACGACGAAGAAGAAACGCAUCCGGAUAAGGCAAGAUCAGGCGAUGGCAAAACUGUUGAUCGACAUGCAGCUAAGGUAGAGGACGAUGUAGGGGCAGAGCAUCAAGACAAGGACAAGCCAUGCGAUGGUAAGACUGUUGACCGAUAUUCAGCUACAGAAGGGGACGACGAAGAAACGCAUCCAGACAAAGCAAGAUCAGGCGUUAGCAAAACUGUUGAUCGACGUGCAGCUAAGGUAGAGGACGAUGUAGGGGCAGAGCAUCAAGACAAGGACAAGCAAUGCGAUGGCAUGACUGUUGACCGAUAUUCAGCUACAGUAGAGGACGAAGAAGAAGAAACGCAUCUAGACAAAGCAAGACCAGGCGAUAGCAAAACUGUUGACCGACAUGCAGCUAAGGUAGAGGACGAUGUAGGGGCAGAGCAUCAAGACAGGGACAAGCAAUGCGAUGGCAGGACUGUUGACCGAUAUUCAGCUACAGUAGAAGACGACGAAGAAGAAACGCAUCCAGACAAGGCAAGAUCAGGCGAUGGCAAAACUGUUGAUCGACAUGCAGCUAAGGUAGAGGACGAUGUAGGGGCAGAGCAACAAGACAGGGACAAGCAAUGCGAUGGCAAGACUGUUGACCGAUAUUCAGCUACAGUAGAGGACGACGAAGAAAAAACGCAUCCAGACAAAGCAAGAUUAGUAGAAUGCAAGACUGUUGAACGAAAUGCAGCUACAGUAGAGGACCAUGCAAAGGAAGGGGGAAAAGACAAGGGCAAACCAAGCGAUGCUAGGACUGUUGACCAAUAUUCAGCUACAGUAGAGGACUAUGUAGAGGAAGUGCAUUCAGAAAGAGGCAGGCCAAGCGGUUGCGAGACUACGGACCAACGUUCAGCUACAAUAGAUGGAGAUGAGGUGGAAGCCAUUUCAGAUAGAGCCAACACAGUYGACGAGUACGCAUUUCUUAUAAGUCGUACUGUGGAGGGCGAUUCAGCUGUAAUCGUUCAAAGCUUGAUAGAAGAAGCAGUGUCUUUACCAUCACAGACUUUUGAAUUACCAAGAACCGUACAUAGUAGUACUCAUUACCACGGUACCAAAAGGGAUGAAGAAGUGUUAAAAACACCUCGAGAUGCCAUUUUAUGGAAAUAUGACUAUCCAAGCAGCCAGUGGAGAGGCCAGCCAACAAUGGUAUACAUUGAUGAUCGCUUGCAACUUGAUAAAGGAAAGGAAGGCGCCCAAAGAGAUGUUUUCAASGCUGUGUUCAUCAAUCAAGACGAGCCUUUAGGAAGAUAUGUGGCGAAGCAGUACAGAAAGAAAGUCAACCUUCAUCAGUACGAAAAUGAUGUGUUGAGUCAAAUGACUGCUAGACAUUAUGUAGCUUUGUUCAACCAAAGCCUCAUCCAAGCAGCGAAAGAUGCUACUGUAGGAGAGAUCCAGUUCCUUCCAGUGGUUCUCCUCCAGUUGUUUGACUCAUCUGGCGGUGUGACCCAAGUCUUCAAUGCAGAACCCUACAUGUCAGGGGAGUUUACUAAAUUAACAAACAAYGUUGACUGGAAAAAUGAACAAAGAAGAACAGAUCUGGUUCUGGCCUACAGCCAUUUUACUUACCAAGCUUCCAAUGGCAAGCUGAUUAUUGUAGACAUACAGGGAUGGGCUCCACAUGAUGAGAAGGGCUGUACCUUUUUAACUGAUCCACAAAUCCAUUCUACAGUUUAUAAAUGUUUUGGGACAGGAAACCUCGGGAAAAGGGGUUAUCAAAAUUUCUGGAAGAUGCAUUCAAAAUGCAACAAAAUAUGUCAAAUGCUUGGGCUCAAUAGACCCUCUAUUAUGUAAGAAUAAUUUUAAAUUAUGAGAACCACUUAUGAGACAGGUGUAUAUAUCACAUUUUUCUCUGCAAUAUAUAGUAUAGAGAAUACACGUGUGUAAGGAGACGAGUUGCUUUCAAGUUUAUUCAACAAUAUGCCAUUGUGUACA